UUCAGCGCCAAAAAGGGAUUUCUGCCCGGCAUUAGGUUUUGAUCGUUCUCUCCCCUGAUCACCCCUACGACUAAUCGCGUCGAGAGGAGACUAAAGACAUUCCAGCCAAACUCGCUUUCACCACUGUGCUUCGGGCAGUAUUCAGACCAUGCCGACACACGCUGAGUUGCGACAAGGGGUGGAACUGUCUCUGCUGCUGCUGCUGCUGCUGCUGGGAAGCCUGGCAUGCCUUGUGCCACCCUGGGGUGCAGCGGCAGUGCGAGUGCACCCAAGAGAUGUGUCCAACCUGGCAUGGCUGGCGAGCGAGUGGAACGGCUUCAACGGCAGCGACACUUGGAGCUUGAGCUAUGCAGACUGCAGGGCCAUGGAGGGCAUCCGAUGUGACCGCGAUGGGCGCGUCAUUGCCAUAGAGCUGGGUUUAAAGAACUUUCAGGCACCAAUACCUGCCAUGAUCAGCCGGUUUACGCGUCUCAGAUACCUCACGCUUCUCUUCUGCCAACUCACCGGGCCCCUCCCAAACACCCUCUGCGACUUGCCAUCUCUGGUCUCUCUCAACCUUGGCGGCAACUCUAUUUCAGGCACCCUUCCUGACGGCUUCAGUCGUCUGGUCAGCUUAGAAUACCUUAUACUUGGUGUCAAUCGGAUCUCAGGGCCAAUCGAUUUGCUUUCCAGCUUGGUGCACCUGACACACCUGAAUCUUCGGCAGAAUUUCUUCAACGGCUCUCUUCCUAGCGAGCUUGGCAAUUUCACUACCCUCACUGUCUUAAAUUUUGACGGCAACUUGUUUUCCGGAAGCAUUCCUCCAUCGAUGGGCGAGAUGUCACUGCUUCAGCAAAUGGUUUUGAGUUUCAACCAGCUGAGUGGCACCAUCCCCGACUCCCUUGGUCACCUGCGUGGCCUCACACACCUCGCGCUUGCAGGAAAUCAGCUGACAGGGUCAAUUCCAGACUCAUUUUCAGCCCUCGAUUCUCUGACAGACCUUCGUGGUUGUUAUUGCGAGUGCAUGAGUAUCGGGGUUUGCCCUUUCUGCAGUAUGAGGCGACUUUGUUGUAAUAUAAUAUGAACAACAUACAUAGGCUACAAUAGGGAGUGUAGUCAUUUCACCUAUUGGGGGGUUGUUGGUUGGGUUUCACCCCAACCACAAUUGGGGUUUGUCAAGAUUAGAUUUGGCAUUUUCCAACCAAGUGGUCCCAAGACUCAACCAAUCAGCAACCACCACACUUUGGGGUUGCUUCUCCUCCAAGCAAUCUUUCCCAUUGGCCACAAUUAUAACCAAAGAGAGAAGAUUCCCUUCCAACCAUUUCUGUGCUCCUUGCUUGUACUAUAGACCUCCUGCCUCCUGUUAUAUACAAUGCUUUCCCUCGAAUGCUAGUCUUUCAGACUUGCCACCUCUCUUCGUGAGUUCAUUGCCCACACAGCUAGUGCAGCUCCUCACAUGCUCUGCAUCAUGUGACUUCUGUGCUGUCUGGAGAGAAUGCUGAAAGAUUAAAAGCUACUUGAAUCAAUCAAGCAACUCAUGUGCCCAUGUUGUGGUGUGCAGGUUGCAAUCUUCACGUUUGGAGCCCUCCAAUAGCCAUUGUUGCUCUGGAUGUUAAACAAGAGAAUUGAUAGCUCUUUUUUUAACUCCCCUUACUGUACAGUAAUUUGAAGGUGCAUGGUGCAUGGUGGUGCAUGGUCUAUGGUCUACUUGGUUCCCACCCCUAGUAUCCUAAUGGAUAACCUUCUAAGCGGUUCUAUUCCAACAGCACUGGCAUCGCUGCCGAAGCUUAGAGCCAUAAUGGCCUCCAGCAACCAGCUGUCGGGAAGCAUACCUGCUGCACUGGGUGAUCUCCUACUGCUAGAUUACCUGUCGCUGUCGUACAACCCAAUGUCAGGAUCCAUACCCACCGCCAUUGGAAAGCUAACGAACCUAAUGCUCUUGGACCUCAGUGGCAAUCAGUUCUACGGGACAGUCCCAAGCUCCCUCAGCGACCUUUCCAAGCUGCAGUACCUUUUUCUGACAAACAACCAGUUCUGGGGAACCAUAGAGCCCAUCACACGAACGAUGAGGAACCUCAGAAUGCUAUUCCUUUCCUGGAACCAAUUUUCUGGCCGUCUGCCCAGCCCAGCCUCUUCAACCCUCGAGCAGUACCAAGUGGAUACCAAUUUCUUCACCCACGGGGAGGUCAAGUUCAAAAACUGCUCAGCCGUCACGUGGACUACCGAUGCAAACUGCCUUGCUGCCUCUGCAAGCGUCUGCGGCCGUGCUUCCACCCAGAGGACUGCUGCUGUUUGUGCUGCAUUCUGUGGGGUGGAGAUCGGAGCUACUGGCCCUGUGUGUGGGGGGCAUGGCUACUGCUCGGUAAAUGCUUUCAUUGGAGAAGGGGAGUGUGUGUGCGAUCCCAACUACAUGCUUGAUAGCAGCAACACCAACGCCUGUGUGGCUGGAGCCACGGGGGCAUCUCUGGAGUCGGGAUCUGCCUAUGUGUCUCUCUGGGGCUCUGCCUCUGUGCUUUCCAAUGGCUCCAUUCUGCUCACAACAGGGACGCCGAACCAGCAGGGUGCAGCGUUUGCCUCUCCCACCCUGCGCCUCUUCCACUUCCCUGACAAACGCUCUCGCUGUGGAACUGAGCUGGGCUUCCUUGCUGCUUUCAGCUUUGCCAUGACUCCAGGGAAUCAUGGGAGUGGUGGAGAGGGGCUUGCGUUUGUGGUGGCAGCAGCUUCUCCCGGCAAGGGGGCGAGUGUGGGGCUGGGAGGGGUGGGGCGGCGGAGUGUGGGAGUGGAGUUUGACUCGGUGCUGAGUGUGAAGCACAGCGACCCCAACGACAACCACGUGGGCGUCAAUGUGGGCGGCUCACCUGUGUCCCUCGCCUCUGCAACGGCCCCUCUCAUCCUCAACGACGCCCAAACCAAGCACACCUGGAUCCGCUACGACCCCACCAGCGGCGGCACUCUCCGAGUCUUCCUCUCCUCUGACCCCGUGCAGCCCCUCACCCCCACCCUCACAGCAAGCGUGUCCCUCUGCUCCAUUCUCAAGCCCACUGCAUCGGACUCUCUCUUCCUCUUCGGCUUUGUUGCUCUGUCAGGCAGCCAGCCCCAGGCGCACACCAUCUUGUCCUGGAACGUCACCACAGAUGCUACAACACUCGCAAUAUGAACAUUUUUGGAUCUCUCCCUUUUGCAAAAGAUGUAGCUGCGUUGUUCUUCUGGGUAGUACGAUGUGUACUACUGUAUUUCCCCACAUAAUGCCCCCUAGGACCUUGUAAGGUGAAAAGGAUUGUUUGACAAUGGCUUUCCAUCAAUAGUUUAGCCCCAGGGCUUAUGAAAGGUUUUUUUUUUACUAUGGUAGUUUGUGCAUAACAGAGUCUAGAGUUACAAAUGCGUUGAAGGAUACUGUACUAUUCAACGUAGCAUUUGUUGGAAAUAUCUCAAGGACUUGAGCGUUUCUGGAGUGUAAUACUACACUCGAGGAAAGUCAUAACGGGUACGCGAGUCAACGGAGGUUGCACGAGGGGGCAGACGAAGAACACGAAAGGACACGAAGGGUCGCAACCGGAGGUUGCGACUGACCAUUACAACUGCAAGAAUGGUAACAGAACCGUCAAUCGAGUCGCUGUGCGACUCGAUAAACCGCUCCUUUAACUGUAUUCUACAACUGCUUUACUUUCCUACUUUCUAUAUAUCGCUGUAUGAUUGUUUCUUUUAAUCAAUCACUUGUUCUCAUAUACCAGUACAAGGGUUCAACUACUCAACUUCCGCUGCACUACUCAAGUCUCCUUUUACAACUGGGACUUAGUCUCUGGAAAGAUCCCAAGGGCUUUUCCAAUGUCUCUGGAGAGUGCCGCCGCCGUGUCCCUGUGUCGCUGUGUUCUUGCGGAGCUGUGGAGCUGUGCCGCUGACCCUGCACGAUGGCUGACUUCGUGCUCCGACUGGACGCCGAGG